AUGCCUCAGGAAAUCGCCGAUAUCAAGAAGUUCAUCGAGAUCUGCCGGCGGGAAGACGCCAAGUCCGCCCGGAUCAAGAAGAACAAGCAGCAGACCAAGUUCAAGGUCCGAUGCUCCAGGUACCUGUACACCCUGGUCCUUAAGGACUCCGACAAGGCCGAGAAGCUGAAGCAGAGCUUACCCCCGAACCUACAAAUCAAGGAGGUUCCUAAGAAGAACAGGAAGGGCAAGCACACGGCAUAA